UUGAGAACCUACAGGCUACAGGCUACAGCAUUGCGCAAUUAGCCUCACACGAGCAAGUCCCUCCCGGUAGUAGUACCGUACCACACGCGCACACUCCCGAAGGACAAGAGCAGAAAGAAUGUUGAGCCCCGGCAUUUCGGUCAAGAAGCGCCACGGCGGUGCCGGGUUUGCGCUCGGGUGUGGCUGCAAGGACGCCAAGAGCGUGUCGGUGAUCUCUGCGUCGCCCUCGCCGUCCGGCGCGGGUACACCGACCACAACCGAGACGCGGCGCAGGGGCGGGAGGGCCAACCCGUCGGCGUCGACGACGACGGACACUCUGACCUCUGCCUCGUCGUCGUCCCUGCUAUGGGAGGACGCCGUGGCGGAGUUCGAGUGCGGCGACGACGGCCAGUUCAAGAUGGAGAGCUCCGCAGCCACGCAGAGCUUCUCCGGCCUGCUGCGCGAGCUCAACGAGCUGGAGCAGAGCGUCGUGUCGUGGGGCCGGAAGAGCCACCGCAGCCGCGACGACAAGAAAGCCUCGUCGCCGCCACUGGAGCACAAGCAGGCGACCAUGAAAAGCGGCGUCAAGGGCGGCGACGUCACGACGGGCGGCGCUAAAGAUCGCCAUGUCGGUGACAGCGUCGAACCGGGGACUGUUGGUGCUUGCGUCGAAGUGGGGCUCGACGGCAGCGUGGCGGUGGUGAAGCAGUCCGAGGACCCGCUGAGCGACUUCCGGCAGUCGAUGGUGCAGAUGAUCGUGGAGAACGGGAUCAUCGCCGGGGAGGAGCUGCGGCAGAUGCUCCGCCGCUUCCUCACCCUCAACGCGCCGCACCACCACGACGUCAUCCUCCGCGCCUUCGCGGAGAUCUGGGACGCUGUGUUCUCGGCCUCCUACGUGCCCGCCCCCGCCGCCGCCCCGCCCCGCAAGUACACCCGCCGCGAGGAGCCCGCCGCUGGAAGGCCGCCCAUGCCUCCGAGGACCCCUCCGCGCCACCACCACUCGCCAUCACCGUCAGCAUGGCGCGUGUAAACGCUCCGAAGUGUGCUUCCUCGAUUCAACAUACUAUGUCAUUUCAUUUAAUUUCCGGUUAAUUAGCAUUGGAGAUUUGGAAUCGCCACUAGCUUAUUAUUGUACGUAAUACGUGAGUGGGCCCGUAUAACAGAGUUCUUUGUGUUAUUCCGUAGAGUA